AUGACUAACGAGUCAGCUGGCUCUGAUAUACCAUGCCAAAUUCCAUACCGACGCUCAAAGGACGGCUGUCAGGCUUGUCGGCGCCGCAAGAAGAAGUGCGAUGAAGUCCAUCCAAUCUGCGGGGGCUGCACCAGGAACAGUCUAUCUUGCCACUGGUCGGACGACGAUGCAAACCAGCCCAUCACACGCCGCAGGAGACGUCUUUGCCAAAGCGAACUGUGGCCCCGUUCGUUGGAUAUCCCACGAGAGCUCGGCGGAAUGGUUACUGUCUUUGCCGUUCCCAGUCGCCCAAUACUCCGCCGUCUCCUAACUCACUUCACAGAGGGAAGUGCGUUGUGGAUGUCGAUUAGUCCUCACCGUCACAAGAGGUUCCUACACCACGUGGUUUCCACUGCUGUGGGGAGCUCUUUGACGAUGAGCUGUGUUCUUGCCGUCUCGGCUGCCGAUCUGCUCAAGUACGAGACACAGGAGCCAGAACUGAGAAUGAUAUCCCUUGAUCUAUAUGGUAAAGCGGUCUCUGAGGUCAGAUCUAACAUUAAUCAUGAAUUGGCCUGCGAGAAAGACCGGCCUCUAUCGGAUGAUAUUGUGCUUGCCGUACUACUAUUAUGCGUACACGAGACCCAUAACUUUUCGGAUACCAGUCGAUUGCUACCUCAUCUCAACGCUGCGGCUUUCCUUUUGCAGCAGCGACUAUCCUCAACCCCGUCCAAUGUCCAACUGCGAACGUUUCUCUUCGAGCUCUUCUCGUACUUCUUCGCGUUGACUGCCUUUUCACAUGGACCGAGCCUCGCACUCACUCCAGCCGGCGAGGUAUUCGACCUGAUUUCAGCCAGUUCCAACCAUCUACUUGACCAGGGAAUGCUUUUAGGGCCAUCUCAGGCGCUGAUCACCACCAUAUUUCAGGUCACUCGGUUUGUAGUGCGCGCGCACUCCAUGAUGUACGGGCUGUUCCGUUCGGAGCUCGCAAUUAUAGAGCACCAACUACGGAACCCUCGCAACUUGACCGACCGUGCUACGGGUGAAUCAGACGAUCAGCCUCAUCAAUCGGAAGGAAGAAUUGUCUAUUCUCAAGAAGACACGACACUGUUUGAGCUUUACCGACUCUCGUGCCUGGUAUACGUCAAGCAAAUUCUUGAUCCCGAUGUCCACCCUAGCGACCAUGAGCUUCAGCAUCUGGUGAAUUCAUUUGUCGAUGAACUCAGUACCCUUGAGGGUGACUCACCCUUAAAUGGGAUCUUAACGUGGCCGCUGCUGGUUAUUGGUCUUUGCGCAGUGACUCGCGCCCAACAGUGCCUCAUCAUGGCGCGGCUGCGCCAAACAUACAAGAUCUGGAGAACGGACAUUUUCACUACCACGAUGGAUUUCCUCCGCCAGCGAUGGAGUCUCUUUGCCACUGAAAUAGAGUCACAGCAACACAAGGAUACUCACCAAGCAAUGUUUCAAUAUGAUUGCCGUGGGCCUUCGGGAUCACAUUACACCUUCGAAAACCUUCCCCUGCAGGUCGUCCUUGUUUAG